GUUUCAACAAAGUUUCAUAAACAUCUAGUUUCAACGUUAAAAUUAAAAAAUAUAAAACUCAACAGUUCAACGUUCAACGUUCAGCACUCAACUAUUAACCAUGGUGCUAACCAAUGAUUAUUAACUUAAUGAUCCUUGGGUGCUAACUACUAAUUUAAACAAAGUUACUAAAUAGUACUAUGCCACUCUGCUCUCUGAACUAAGUAUUUGCAGUAAAAUCUUUAUAGAAUUUUCAAGAAUGUUGAGUGAAUCCAAUGUUUUGGCAGACUUGUGUUCUAUCCCACCAGAUCCUCCAUAUAUGCGAACUGUGUGUACAAAGUGCAAACGACCAUCAACAGUUUGCUACUGCCAAUCUUUACCAAACCCUCCGUUGUGUCCUAGCAGUAGAAUUAUCAUCCUGCAACAUCCGGCUGAAGAAAAGAGGUGCCUUAGGACUGCCCUGAUGUUACAACUAGGCCUAGCAAAAGAGAAAUGCUUAGUUUUCAAAGGAAAACAUUUCCCUGGUCGCCAUAGCGAUCUGAUUGAAAUUCUUAGUGCCUCAAAUUCUUUGCUACUGUAUCCAAGCCGUUCAGCUGUGGAUAUUCAAGAAGUUAUGAAUAGUCGUAGUUGUUCUUCUUUCAACAUAAUAUUGAUUGAUGGUACGUGGCCACAGGCGAAAGCAAUUUAUGCGGGUAGCCCAAUUUUGCAUGGUAUAAAGCAGAUCAAGCUAAUGAAUACGGAUACGAGUAGCUAUAUUAUCAGAACCCAACCUACAGACGGAUGUCUGAGCACAAUAGAAACUGCUGCAGUAACAUUGUCUCAUUUAGAGAACAAUGCAAUAUAUCAAGAUUUAUUGAAACCACUAAGGGCAAUGUGUGAGUUCCAGUUACAAAAAGGAGCAGUCUCUCAUCAAAGUAAAGAAUUUAGGAUAAAAACGAAUACAUAUCCUAAACUCAUAGGAAAGAGAUUGAAUCGGGUACUGAAAGAAGCGGAUUCAAUACGAAAUUCAUGAGAUUUAUAGAUAUAUCACCAUUGAAACUUCACAUGAGUAUCCAUAAUAAUCGAGACAAAAAUGGCCUCGACGAUAUUAUUUCAUAAGACAGAGUUUGAAAUCAGUUACUUAUUCAUUAUU